CCUAGAUUUUUUCCAGUUUUCCCUUUGCUGACUUGCAACGCAUAGCUUGAAAACUUGACUGGAGGGAAGGGGUUUAGGGAGGAGGGGGGCAGAGAGAGAGAAAAGAACAGCCAAGCGUUCCAUUCAGCCUUGCCCCAAGUGCCUGAUAGGCUGUUCUUAUUAUAGCCUGCGCCGGGGCGUUGCGCUUUCCGAUUGGUUGCACUCCGAGUCAGUCUUGGUCUCCGCAGCGAGUCUGGACCGCGGGGGGAAGGCUGGAAGGAGGAGAGAGAAAGGGGCCGCCUGAUAUCACUGGCCCGGGAAGGCGGCCUCUGGGUUUAAGAUGUUGGGCAAACAGGGAAGCCAGUAAGGAGCCCGGCUCUCCGAGCGCCCAAGAAAGGAGGGAAGUCCGCGGCCACUGCCGGGCCCACAACGCCAGCGGCUCGUUCCGGGAUUGCUUGCUUGCUUGCUUUGGCAACCGACCGACCGAUCAGUUUGGAUCUAUUACGAUCUGCCUCCGCUGCCCGCCCCUCUCUCGGGGAUCAUUCAUGGUCUUCUGCGCCGUCUGCCUUGGGAGUCUAGGGCUCAGGUUGGCCACGCUCUCCCCGCGGGAGCGCUUGUGCGGCGGGAACCUUGGCUUUGCAGUGGCUGAUGCGGCGGGGGGACUCGACGAGGGGGGGCGGCCGGGGAGCUCCCUUGCCUUGAGGUCCGGACGGGAUUGACUGCCUGCCUGCCUGCCUGCCUACCUGCUGCUGAAGGGCCGGGAAGGAUCGAAAUCUGGCCAGGGGGUUUAAGGACCCGCUGCUUCUGGGCCACCGACUGCGGCAGCCUCUGCCCCUGGCAGCGGCUCACGCUCCCUCGCCAGGGUUCUUCUCCGCCAGCGCGCAGCCCCCGGCCGCCCGGGUUGGCUGGCUGGCUUGCUGGAGACACUCGAUGAACUGCCUGAAAGAACCUCUCAACCUGGAGCGUUUGGGAGCCGGGAAUAAGCUUUGCUCCACCUCCCCUUCCUCUUCCUCUUCCUCCUCCGCCUCCUCGUCUUGCCACCACCACCAUCACCAUCACCAGCAGCAGCAACAACAGCCGGCUCUGGUUAUGGCUUCAGCCCUGACCCCCGGCCAGCCGCGAUCGGCCCUGGAUUCUGCCAAGCAUCGGCUGGAGGUUCACACCAUCUCCGACACCUCCAGCCCUGAGGCCGCAGAGAAAGAGAAAAGCCAGCCGAGCAAGAAUGAGGACGCGGGCGCCGAAGAUCCGUCCAAGAAGAAACGGCAGCGGCGGCAGCGCACUCACUUCACCAGCCAGCAGCUGCAAGAACUGGAGGCGACUUUCCAACGCAACCGCUACCCGGACAUGUCGACGCGGGAGGAGAUCGCUGUCUGGACCAACCUCACCGAGGCCAGAGUCAGGGUUUGGUUCAAGAACCGGCGGGCCAAGUGGCGGAAACGGGAGCGGAACCAGCAGGCGGAACUCUGUAAGAACGGCUUUGGGCCUCAGUUCAACGGGUUGAUGCAGCCCUACGACGACAUGUACCCGGGCUACUCGUACAACAACUGGGCCGCCAAGGGGCUGACCUCGGCGUCGCUCUCCACCAAGAGUUUCCCCUUCUUCAACUCCAUGAACGUCAACCCGCUGUCCUCGCAGAGCAUGUUCUCGCCCCCCAACUCCAUCUCGUCCAUGAGCAUGUCUUCCACUAUGGUGCCCUCGGCGGUCACCGGCGUGCCGGGCUCCGGCCUCAACAGCCUCAAUAACUUGAACAACCUGAGCAACCCUUCGCUCAAUUCGGCCGUGCCCACGCCCGCCUGCCCCUACGCCCCGCCAACCCCUCCCUACGUUUACCGGGACACGUGUAACUCUAGCCUGGCCAGCCUGAGACUCAAAGCCAAGCAGCACUCCAGCUUCGGCUACGCCAGCGUCCAGACCCCGGCCUCCAAUCUGAGCGCCUGCCAAUACGCCGUGGACAGGCCGGUGUGAGCAACAAAAAACGGGCUUCGGGGUGGCUGCUCUCGUUGCUGCGUGGGAGGGGGGGAGGAGGGCGGGGAAGAAGGGCAGGCAAUCGCGCGGGACAGUCGGAAGGGACGAAGGAGGCUUCUUUGCCUCGGCAUCUUAAGAACACGAACCUUCAAUCCAAAGCAAACGGGCGCGGGGGCGGGUGGGGAGACAGCGACAGGAGAAGCAAUUAGGCGGCCGAAUUUAAUCUACCCAGGCGGAGAGAGAGAGAGAGAGAGAGAGAGAAAGAGAAGGGAAACCCUUGAAAUUUCGGCGUUCUUUGCUUUUUUUAAAGGGUGUUUUUUCGGCUCCUUAAAAUAAAUGGAAAGAGUUUUUUUUAAAAAGUGGGAAAGAAAUGUUCCCAACCGAGACAAGGACAUAUAUUAUAAAUAUAUAUAUAAUACGGACAAACGUUUGACUGGAUAUGGUAUGACAUUUUAAUGUUCCUAUAAGCUUGUUAUUUUUUAUGUUUAGCAUUGUUAACAUUAAAAGAAAAAAAAGAUGACGGGAAAGGAUGUAUAUAUAUAUUGAAAUGUCAAAAUUAAUUUUAUAAAAGCAGUUGUUAGUAAUAUCUCCACAGUGUUUUUAAAAGUUAGGCUUUAAAAUAAAGCAUGUUACACAAGAGAGUAGGGAUUUGUUUUUCUUUUCUUUUUUUCCGCUUGCGAGCAAGGGAAUGUAUAUACUGUACUAAAUGCAACACUGUAUGUUUCUAACAUGUUAUUAAUAUUAUUAUUAUUAAAAAGGAAGUCCCCAUUGUGUGAAUAAUCAGUUUUAGAAUAGUACCUCUGGUGGAUGCAAUGGUGACUUUUGAAACUGCAAUGUAAAACAUACCCCCUGUAUAACAUUUCGUAUAAUUAGUGUUUUCCUUUUCAGACAACAUUGGAAAAAAAUGUGUUUCAUGGGAGUAAAAUAUACAGCAUACAGUUUGGUCUGGAUU